GCAUGAAAUUGAAAAAACCAGCUAAGUGCAUCAUGAAAACUAAUCAAGAAAUAGUGAAAGACGACGUAUCAAUCUUUAGCGACGCGUCUCUAAGGAGAUCUGAAUCUAUUUAUAAUGACAUUAACGCGCCACAUUAUCGAGACUUUCUCAAUGAUAUAACUUUUGGAGAAGGAGACUCUUGGUUUGAUAAGCAAAAUAAUACGACCAUAUUAUCAUUUUUUGAAAAGAAGGUCGACGAUGUUACUACAGUAAUACAAAAACAACAACCCGUGAAGAAGUGCGUUCCAGAACUAACGGUGCCAAGGCC